AUGGCCGAGAUCACUGCUCAAUUCAAGCGCGCCAGGGGCUUCUCGCCCAAUGUGUUGCUCGUAACUCCGACCCACGCCGAGGCUCUUGACGAACAGGAGUUCUUGCGAUUCCAGGCGAAGAUGGUCACCAAUGCUAUAUUCGGAAGGGAUGAGAUGACCUACAUGCCCCCGGAUUCGAAAAGAAGUCGUACCGCUGAACGGCUCUUCGCUAUCAUUGUGGACAGUCUGCUUCCGCAACUCACCUAUAGUGGUGUCAAGAUGCUAGCCUCCGUGUCUCGCAGCAUGCGGGCCACUUUCCUCGGGCGAGUGCGGGCCUGGAACCUCAAUGACCCAGACACCAUGGGCUUCUGCGACUGGGAUCCCGAGUUGCUGGACGUCAUGUUUCACGAUGGCAUACAACCUGAAAUUUUGGCCCCUGGAGCGUAUCUGACAAUCAGUGGUCGUGGGCCUUGGUCGACCUGCGACGUGCUCUACUACCCGGACGAGUAUGACCCCGCAUGGACUGCUUCUCAGAUCGAGGAUACAUGGCCUCAGGGUCAAGGGCGGCGCAUGGCUCUGGAAGCAGUCAAGCUCGCCGACUUGGGUUUCUGGGAUAACCAGAGCCUCGACCAAGUGCCUCGAGAUCUCGACUUUGUGAGAGUCAAGGAAAAAUGGCAAUUGGCGAUGGAGAAAGUGCAGAGCGUCAGCGAAGAGAACAGACGCAGCCAGCGAAAAUACUUUGCGCAGCUCUCUCAUCUUUCCGGCAUGAUUCGUGGUCUCGCACAGCACGGUAGCCAUGUCCGUCAUCUCGAGUUGAGUCACGUUCCAUACCUGGACCUGAAGCUCACUGGAGCUAUCAUCGAGAUGCUACCGCAGCUUGAGGUCCUGACCAUCAACGCCUGUGACCUCAUGCAUCUAGGAUGUCUCAUCCCCCUCCUCGAUUACAUCAACUGGAUCGCAUGUCGACGGGAUGCGGAGUAUAUCCAACUGGACUUCUUCCCCAAAGCUUGGUUUGGGCCAGCACAGGGCCGAGAGUGCACCAGGAUCCUGACCUGGGGUCCGACAGCAUUAAACACCCGCAAGGCAGUCAUGUGCACCAUCAUAACCGCUGCCAUGAAGUCUUCUGAGAUGGGGCACGACCUGCUGGCUGAAGACUCGCUCCUCUUCAAGUAUCUCGCUCUGGUGCCGAUGGAUUUUGGGCUUAUGCACGUCUUCAUCCGGAAUGUCAAGGCUUACAUUUACGAACUUCAGCACAAAAAAAAGUUCAGGACGGAAACUGACGAUGCAAGGGUCAUGAAUCUUGAGCACCAGAUUCUAGCCGCUCUGACAACCGGUGACCGCCGACAGAUUCAAACCGACAUGGUGAUGGCCUUGAUGCUGCAGAAAUGGACAUGCUCGAAAUGUGAGCAUGUAUUUGCCUUGCCGUGCUACGAGACCAUGAUGCAAUCAUGGCCAGCACAUCAAAGACGUUGUUAUCCAUGCCGCCUCACUGAAGCCAUCGAGCGUGAAUCUUUUCACCACUGGCAAGGUGAAAAGCGGAACAUCGCAUUGAACUUGACCUCGACCCCAGCUGCAGCCGAGUACGAAGCACCUAUGAAAGCGCAAAUGAUCGCCCCUUUGCUCAAAAAUGAAUUCGUCGCUGGCCCUGACGACAGCACCGUUCGCACCCGGCCCGAUUCCUGGAUCGCGACUCUGGGAAGCGAGAAGCUACGAACUCUUCACAAGAAUAAGUCUGCCUGGAGCUACGCCGGUUACCUUGCCCGCACCCUAGACGCGAAGAACAUGUUCGCGGAGGCUUUGGGCAUGCACCUGGACGGAGACUACGUGUCCAACCGCGCAAGCGAAGGGCAGCUUACCGGCCCCAGGCAGCCAGUGCAGCCUUUCAGGGAGCACAUCGAUCGCCAGUCCUGGGAGAGCCUCUACGCCUACAAUAUCCAGACCGAAAAGGUAAAAAAAGAGGCCAAGGCGCGUGAGUUUUGGUAA